CGAGUGUUGGAUGUUGAGUGUGUCGUACAAUGUUUGUAUUUUGAUAAUACGCUCUAAACUGUUUAAAAAGAAAUUAAUUUUUGUUUUGUGAUUCGUGUUAUUUUCUGUUAAAGUUAUUGGAAGCGGUUAGUCGAAUAAAUGAAAGUUAAAUAAUCAAAAAUAUCAUAAAAGUUAGUCAUUUACAAGUUUGCCGACCUGUUGCACCGAAAAGCCGCAGUGUAGUUCCACUAUUUUUUUAUGUUUCGUCCACAAAGCCGAGUAAACUAAUGUGCAAUUAAACAAAUGUUGAUCGUUACUCCAAUGCAAGAAAUGUUUAAUUUUCGGUUUGUACAAAUAAAACUAGAACUUUUGUUCAAUUGACUUGUGUAAACAAGAUAUAUUGAAAUAAAACGAGAAGAAGACGAGAAAAAAAAAUGUUCAAUCGAUGAGUGCAUUGAUCCAACAUACAAAAAAAAAUGCAUACAGUGCGUUCGUUUCUAACAACACGGAAUCGGUAAAUUUCUAUCCUUGUUCGUCAAAAUAUUAUGCAUGCUGCACAUAUGUGCUAGCGUUUAUCAAAAAAAUCCGCCGUUUGGGUGAUGAAAUUUGCAAUAUUUUGUGUGUGUAAUCAGUGUAAAGCCAAUCAAAAUGGGAUUAACCACUUCGAGGGAAGUACAACCAAUCGAUGAAGUUAUAUCAAUUAUGACACCGUCACCGACCGGUGUCAUUAGUCAUUUCAAUAAUAAACAGCCGAAUCAUCAUUUUCGGCAAGCCAGUGUGAGAAGCAGAGCGUCACAACCGAUUCCCGAUCAAAAUGAAUUGGAUAAGCGAUUCGCUAAAGUUUUGGCUUCCAUGGACUUGCCGCCCGACAAAGCGAAAUUACUGAAAAAUUACGAUGACGAAAAGAAGUGGGAUAUCAUUUGUGACCAGGAAAUGGUUCAGGCAAAAGACCCUCCUUCACAUUAUUUAGCGAAAUUAAGAACGUAUUUAGAUCCAAAGGCAUCUAGAAGUCAUAGGAAACGAAAAAUUGUCGGCGAAUCAACAUCGACACAAGUACUUCGCGACCUAGAAAUCUCCCUCCGUACUAACCACAUCGAAUGGGUCAAAGAAUUUCUCGACGAUGAAAAUCAAGGUCUGGACGCUCUAGUCGAUUACUUAAGUUUCCGAUUGACGAUGAUGCGACACGAACGACGCAUUCAAGAAGCCCGAUCGGAAUCUGAGGAACGACUGAACGGCACAAUCACUUCGUCGGGUAGUAGUAGUGACACAAAAUCUAAUGGAUUUCUGAGGCCAGGCCUUGGUGAACUGUUAGCCGACAGUCCGAAUUUGAAACGACGAUCACGACAUAUAGCCAAACUGAAUAUGGGCGCAUCCACCGAUGAUAUACAUGUUUGCAUUAUGUGUCUGCGUGCUAUAAUGAACAAUAAGUAUGGCUUCAAUAUGGUGAUCCAGCAUCGUGAGGCCAUCAAUUGUAUCGCUCUGAGUUUGAUACACAAAUCGUUACGUACUAAAGCGCUUGUAUUGGAACUGUUGGCUGCAAUUUGUCUGGUAAAGGGAGGACAUGAAAUCAUUCUGUCUUCGUUCGAUAAUUUCAAAGAAGUUUGUUCGGAAACGAGACGAUUCCAGACCCUGAUGGAGUAUUUUAUAAAUUAUGACAUUUUCAACAUUGACUUCAUGGUAGCGUGCAUGCAAUUCGUAAACAUAGUGGUCCAUUCGGUGGAAGAUAUGAACUAUCGCGUUCAUCUGCAAUAUGAAUUCACAGCUCUGCGUUUAGACGCAUAUCUGGAGAAACUAAGCUUAACAGAAUCGGAAGAGUUGCAAAUACAAAUCUCGGCGUAUUUGGACAAUGUCUUCGAUGUUGCUGCGCUCAUGGAAGACAGUGAAACAAAGACUGCCGCCCUGGAAAAAGUUCAAGAUUUAGAAGAGGACUUAGGCCGCUUAUUGGAAGCCGAACGUGAUAUGAUGCGAAAAUUGUCGGACUUGGAGAGUGAACUGAAUCAAAUUCGAAUGGAGCGCGACGAACUCUAUCAAGCGAAACGACAGAACGAAGAAGAAGUUCAGACACUGAAACGAACAUUGAAACAAAACGAGAAGAAGCUCAUGAGUCAACAGAACAUGUUGGAAAGCAAAACUCAAGAGCUUCAAACCUUAACAAAAUCGCUGCCAAGAGGUGCUUCCAUAACAGAUAAACUCAACGAAAUUAGUUCACACACAAAUGGCUAUGACAAGGAAGAAGUUGUUCCUCCGAUUCCACCGCCACCACCAGCAGCUGCAUUAGCACCACCAGCACCACCGCCUCCAUGUCCUCCUCCACCUCCACCAGCUUUAAACAAUAACUCAAUCAAUGCGACAAAACAACCGCCAUCGUUUAUUCCGCCACCUCCAGCUGCCGGUUUUAUGCUGGCACCAGAUGGAGCUAUGACUAUUAAACGAAAAGUUCAAACGAAAUAUAAACUGCCAACGCUUAAUUGGAUAGCACUGAAGCCCAAUCAGGUUCGUGGCACAAUAUUUAACGAAUUGGACGACGAAAAAUUACACAAGCAAAUUGACUUUGCCGAUUUCGAAGAAAAAUUCAAAAUCGGUAUUGGCGGGCCGUUAGUCAAUGGUAUAUCUGAAGUGGACGGAUUGAAUUCCAGCAAACGAUUCAAAAAGCCAGAAAACGUUUCAAUUCUCGAGCACACGAGAUUACGGAACAUAGCAAUCUCUCGACGAAAAUUGGACAUGCCAAUGGACCAAGUUAUCAAGGCGAUCAACAAUUUAGACUUAAAGCAGCUGUCACUGGAGAAUGUGGAAAUUCUACAGAAAAUGGUGCCCACUGAGCAGGAAAUCAAGGCGUUUAAGGAAUACAUAGCCGAGAAGAAAGAUUGUAAUCUGUUGACCGAGGAGGACAAGUUUAUGCUGCAAUUGACCAAAGUGGAAAGGAUAUCAUCGAAACUAUCCAUCAUGAAUUACAUGGGCAACUUCUUCGACAGUUUACAUCUAAUAAGUCCGCAAAUCUAUGCGAUCAUUAACGCUAGCUCUUCGGUGAAAUCGUCACAAAAAUUCAAAGAUGUCUUAGAAGUGGUGCUGGCAUUCGGUAACUACUUGAACAGCAGCAAACGCGGACCGGCCUACGGUUUCAAAUUGCAAAGUUUGGACACUCUGCUAGACACAAAAUCGACCGACAAGCGAAUGUGUCUGCUGCAUUACAUCGUCGGAACGAUUCGCCAAAAAUUCCCCGAACUGUUGACGUUCGACACCGAGCUAUUUUUCAUCGACAAGGCCGCUCAAGUAUCGCUGGAAAAUGUUGUGACCGAUGUGCAUGAACUGGAGAAAGGCAUGGAUAUCGUCCGGAAGGAGGCCGAAUUGCGUGGCAAGGGCCAGCCGACACAUGUGCUCAAAGACUUUUUGAACAAUUCGGAGGAAAAAUUGAAGAAAAUCAAACAGGAUGCUAAAAUUGCACAGACGGUUUUCAAGGAAUGCGUCGAAUAUUUCGGUGAAUCGUCACGGAACGCUGACGCAAACGCUUUCUUCUCUCUGCUGGUUAGAUUCACAAAGGCUGUCAAGACAACUGAUCAUGAGAAUGAACAACGUCGACGAUUGGAACAGGCAGCUCUGUUAGCUGCUAGCAAAAAGGAAUCCGACGAAGUGAUACUGCGUAAUAACAAACUGAAUCAGAAGAAACAACAGGACGCCGUCAUAAAUGAAUUGAAGAACAAAACGAACGCAGUCCGUGAAAAGAAACUCUUGCAACAGGACGAAGUGUACAACGGUGCAUUAGAGGACAUAUUGUUGGGACUGAAAAGUGAACCAUACCGGCGUGCCGAUGCCGUUCGCCGGAGUCAACGCCGUCGCAUCGAUAAUAAUCGAUUGUCGCGGACAAUGGAGGAAAUUGAGAUGUAGCAUUUGAAAUGAAUUCCAGUGAUUAUGUUGAUCGAAAAUGUAUUAUAUCUCUUAAGUCCAUCCAUAUGGAAAUGGAUUCAACAUAUGGAACAAAAAAAAUAAUUUUCUGCAGGGUCUCACACAAUGAAUGGUCCUGAAUUAAGGAAAUCUAAAAAUUUUUCUUUUUUAUUGAAACAAUUAAUCGAUAAGAAUUUUUAUACCGAAUGUGAUAUCUGUUUUUAAAGUAAUCAAAUGAAAUUUAAUGAGAACAAAAAAAAUGAAUGAUCGAAGGACUAUUAGGUAAAUUUACGCAUUCCAUGACAACAUUUCUUAUUAAAAAUUCAAUUCCUCUUUACAAGUUCUUGUUGAAGGCAAUUGAAAAGUAAAUAAAAUGAAGAAAUGAAUUUAAUGCUUGACCCAAGCGCACAAAACUUUUUUGCAUUUUUAUAU